AAAAAAAGAAAAAAAAAUACAUAUGGCUCAACUUGAAAAGUUUUCACACUCAUCCAGAAGUAGUCCCAAGUCUAAUUCAACAACUUUUGAACAACUUUUACCAGGAAAUGAAAGGAGUUGGUCAACAAGUUCAUCCCCAACAGCUUAUUAUGAUCAUGAAGAAUAUACACCAACUCAUGGCAAGAAAUCAGUUAUCUCCAAAGUGAAAGAAAAGGCAAAAAAACUCAAACACAGUUUAAGUGGUAGGAAAAAAAUGCAAGAAAAUGAUGUUCAUGAUGACAAUAACACACCUUCAUGGGGUGUUACGUUGGAUGACGAUGAUGAAGAAGAUGUAGAUCCUGAAUAUCUUGGAGCUCCAAUGUAUGAAUCAGAAUUGGCACCUGAGCCAUUAAAGGAAGCAGCACGACAACAUCCACGAGCAGAUCCAGUGUUAUCUGAGAAACAUGUUACUCCUAGAAGCAUCAAACACAAUCAGGUUUUUGAACACGAUAAUAAUACGGAGAAAUUACCUGAUAGUCCAAGUAAAACCAUAACAGAAACUGUUACGGAGAGAUUGGCACCAGCUUAUGCUGCAGUAUCUGAUGCAACACACGCGUUUGCUUCUAAGAUCUCAAAUCUCACUCUAUCAAACACCGAUAACCAUGAAUCUGAUAUCCAAAAAACACCAAAAAAUGUUCACUUUGCUAAUGUGAAUAAAUUGGGACAAAAUGUAGACCAAAAUGCUAACGCUCUUACAAGUCCAGUUAAAAAAUGGGACAAAGGUAUUUCAGUGAAAGAGUACUUUGCAGAAAAGUUUGAGCCCGGUGAAGGCGAAAGAUCACUUUCACAGAUCAUAACUGAGGCUAUGAGCCCUAGGCAUUCAUCUUCCAGUGAUAUAGGUAUAAUGGAGAAAAUGAAGGGGGCUGUAACUUCAUUUAUUCAGCCUGAAUUUUCCCCAAAAUCAUCAACAAUAAAAAGCAUCAAAUCAGCAUCAGCUUCCAAUAUUCCAGUUUCUACAAGUGACAUAAUGUCUCCUAAGAAUGUAAUUAUCGCUAGGAAUAAUAAUUUGCCUCAGGAUAAUCCCAUUACUAUGCCUCAUAAGAGUCAUUUAUCUACUACUAAUGACCCUUCAUCAAUAUCACAAAUUCCUGAGUUCCACAGUGCAAGAUCAUCACCACUCAUUCCUAUCUCCUCCAGUAUUCAAGAAGUUAUUGAGGAACAAAACCAUGAGAGGAUUCUCCAACCAAACUGAAAUUAAUUAAGACUGGUUACAGACAUCUCCAAAAUAAAAUAAAGAAUCAAUCUACUGAUUCUAAAGUUUAGUUUUGUGUAUUAGUCAGCAAAAUAAAUAAA